AUGCCUAGCUUUGAGUUGGUAGUAGCAGCAGGGCCUAGUAGAAACAGGACUGAGAUUAAAACAGUUUCAUACUACUCUUGUAUCUCAAGGACAUACUUCUAUCAUCUUGGUGAUUUCACAGAGUGCAUAGCUCUGACGUUAAUGGCAAUAGAUCGACUUAAUGUUAAUCCUGAACCAUAUUUUUUCAUACCUAUAAUACAUCUGUGGCAGUGUGGACAGAUUCCUUUUAUUAUGUAUACCUAUGUUGUCCUGGCAUAUAGUGUGACUAAACUCUCCAACAAUUUAAACAAAAAGCAAAUGAUCAACACUUGCUUGAGUCACCUCAUUGUUCUGCUCAGUUUUUAUGCACCAAAGCUGGUCUCUGGAAUGCUAACUCGAAUAGGUGUUGUGCUAAAUUUAACAGAGCGAAAUGCAAUUCUGAUUUUAGCUUCUCUAGUUUCUCCAUUAAUAAACCCUGCUGUUUACUGCACCAGAACUAAAGAGAUCAGAACACGUCUAGCAAAUGUUUUUUUGCACAAAAAAAAAGUAGCAAAUAAUUUGAAGUCAAUUUCGAAGGCUGUAUCAUCUUAA